CAGGAGGCAAGAGACAUGGAGACAAAGAACUCCAGCAGCAGCACCUCAGGAUUUAUUCUCCUGGGCAUCUCUUGCAACCCUCAACUGCAGAAACCCCUCUUUGUCAUCUUCCUUGUCAUGUACCUGGUCACUGUAGUAGGAAAUGUACUCAUCAUCCUGGUCACUUACUGUGACUCCCGGCUCCAUACACCUAUGUACUUUUUCCUCAGAAGCCUAUCCUUCAUGGAUAUCUGCUUAACAACGGUCAUUAUGCCCAAGAUGCUGGUGAAUCUACUGUCAGAGACAAAGUCUAUCUCCUUUGUGGGCUGCCUGGUCCAGAUGUACUUUUUCAUGGCAUUUGCAAAUACUGACAGCUACCUGCUGGCUUCUAUGGCCAUAGACCGGCUAGUAGCCAUCUGCCACCCCUUCCAUUAUGAUGUGGUCAUGAACCCACGAUGCUGCCUCUUCAUGCUGCUGGGUUCUUAUACCAUCUCCCACCUGCACGCCCUGCUCCGUGUGCUACUCAUGUCCCGCCUGUCUUUCUGUGCCUCCCAUGUCAUCAAGCAUUUUUUUUGUGAUACUCAGCCUGUGCUAAAGCUAUCCUGCUCUGACACUUCCUCCAGCCAGACUGUCAUCAUGACCGAGACCCUCACAGUUGUCGCAACCCCAUUUCUAUGCAUUCUCUUCUCCUACCUACGAAUCAUCAUCACUGUACUCAGAAUCUCCUCUGUAGCCAGGAAGUGGAAGGCCUUCUCUACCUGUGGCUCCCACCUCACUGUAGUAAUCUUGUUCUAUGGGAGUGCCAUCUAUGUCUAUUUCAGGCCUCUCUCCAUGUACUCAGUGGUGCGGGACCGGAUAGCCACAGUUAUGUACACAGUAGUGAUACCCAUGCUGAACCCGUUUAUCUACAGCUUUAGAAACAAAGAUAUGAAGAGGGGUUUGAGGAAAUUAAGGGACAGAAUUCACUCGUAG